CAGCCGGGUAACUAAACACCUUUCACGCCUCAAUCUUAGCUUGAAAACCUCCGCGAACAUAAUGGCGAACCCAGCGCAACUGAAGGCCCUUGCAUAUGGCUCUUUACUCCUAUCUGUGGGGCACGCUUUGACUGGUCGCAAAUUCCAGAAGUUACGGCGGUUCCAAGAGCUGCCGAGUUUGGCAUACACUUGCUCCACGGUGGGAUGGUAUCAAGGGAGUGGCUAUUUGAUUCUGAUAGCUUUGCUUAAUUUUCAAUGGGCAUCGAAUCCGCAGGCACUGGAGGAACCGCUCAACCGGGCUAUCGCCGGAUUGAUCACUCUGAUCGCUUGGGGCAGUUCGAUUUCGUAUCUGAGGGGAGGAGUGGUAUCGAGUGGCCUUAUCACUGCCGCUGCUGGAGCAAUCCAUGGCUGGAUAACCCUGCGUAACUAGACGGACCUUCCUUGUGUGUGUACAUAUUUCUGAAGCAUGUCUGUUGGUCAUAUGCUGUUGUUGUGGAACUUCAUAUGAUGGCAUGUUUCAGUCCCAAAUUUGCGUUCCUUGUCUUCAUGGUCCAAUACUCCGCAUAAAAGACGAGUUAUAGGCAUAAGCUUUGAUAUGCAGUGUCAUGUAUGUCUCUGAAGUAAAU